ACUUCAUACAAAAUAUAUUAACUUAAGUAUAAUAUUGACUUAGAUCAGUACCCCUUAGUCCCAAUCUUUUAAUUAAUUAAAUAUUAAAAAUAUCCUAAUCUAAAAGAUUGUUUAUUGAAAAGUUUUAUAAAAUAUUUUUAUUUCUUUCAUAAAUUAAAAUUUUUAUUUUCUAUCACCAAUUGUAAUUAUGUUGGACGAUAGUACUGAAGAAUUUCUCUUAGAUACAUUUAAUUAUUCAGAUUUAAACGAAAAGUUGGAAAGAAUCAAAUGUAUUGUCAAAGAUACAAAUCAUAAUGGGAAUAAAGAAAUUUCCAUUAAUGAAUUAAUUAUUAGUUGUAUUGAAAUUUUAAAAUCUGGUAAACUAUCUUUGGAGUUAAUUGAAAAAGGUUUCAAUAUAUCAGUAUCUAUAAUAUCAGAUUUGAUAACUUAUGAGCAUGCUGUUAUUAUAUCAUUUAAACAUUGUUCUGAAAGUAAUUUGAUAUAUGGAGACCUUUUUGAAUGUGUACGUCCACAUCUUACAGAAUUAUUUCAAAAAGCUUCAGAUUUACAGACUUCAUUUUUCAAUAUAAUAGAAAAUAUUAAAUUUAAUAUGAACAACAAAGAAGAAAUUGAAUUGGUUUUAAAAAUUUUAAAUCUAAUAUGGCAUGGAGCAGAGUCAGUUUAUAGUGUUAGCAACAAAGUUAUGACAGCCAAUUGGAAAAUAUAUAUUAACAUAUUGCAAAAGUUUUCUCCUUAUUUAAAAAAAGUGAUAAAUAAUGAUGAACCUAUCAACUUUUUAUGCUCUAAAAUUAAAGAAAAUGUUUUAUCUUUUCAAUCUGAAGAUGAAAAACCUAUGAAGUUGUCUACAUACAUGAUAAGUGUAUUAACUAAAAUUUGUUCUCACGGGCGCUUGUUGAAAUCAUACAAUAACUUGUUGGACAUAUUGAUAUUUUUAAAUAGUUAUUGGCUGUUAGAUACACAGAAAAAUGUUAUUAUUCUCAAGGAUAAAAUGUUAAAAUUUUCUGACCAACUAUUAUUAAUAUCUGGUGAUGAUUUUAUAGAAUUGUUUCAUAAAAGUUGCCAAAAUAUUUUAUUAAGUAAUAACAAUAAAAAUAAAAUAUCUGCUAUGUAUAUUGCAAUAAUCUUACUGAAACGUUUUUUGAAAAAUCCUAGUGUGCAACAUUCAUGUCAGCUAAUAAGUACAAUUUUUCAACUUAUUAAUAAUAUUGAGUGGGCCUUGUGUUGCAAUAAUAUAGAUCUUUAUGAACAAUUAUUAAUUAAUUUGGCUUCUGUUAUCUUGGUAACUGAUGUAGAUUUGUUUGAAAGAAUUGAAGAAAUUAUUAUAAAUAAUUUACUUCAAACACAGCUUUUGCCUGCACUAUUUGCAAGUGACUUAUGGAUCAUUAUAAUGAGGUAUUUGCCACAAGAAGUGUCUGAAUCCCAAUUUUUGAAGUUAGUUAAAUUGUUUGAAGAGUUAAUGAAUUUGCCUUGUUUUACACAAUGUCCACAACAUAUUUAUGUUGAUUCGUUGUUGAAAAGACAUUUUAACAUGUUAACUGAUAAAAGGAAUUUGGCUAGUAAUUUUCCACAAUUAAAUAAUCCUAACUUAAGAACUACUUUGGGAAUACUCCAUGUUCCAACUCUGUCAAAGAAGUACAAAUUUUCUGAAUUGGUUAAAUUAUUAAUAAAUAUUUCAAAUCAAAAUAAAAUUCAUCAUUUAAAUGAUGAUGUUGGUCAUUUAUGGGAUAUUAUCAAGGAUGAUCAUCCUGCUAGUUUAAUUAGUGCUCUAGUCGAAGUCACAAUCAAUUCAGAUAUUUUAUUAAAGAAAGUCAUACCAAAAGUAUCAAAAUUUUUUAACAAUGGACAUAUUAGUAGUGAUACUACUGAAACCAAGCGUUAUAGACUUAGACUUCUGAGGACAGCAUUACCUCAUAUUACAUCAAUUCAUGAAAAAAUGGUAGUAGAUAUAUUUCAUGAAUAUUUGUUUGACUCACAUCCAUUAGUCCAACAAUGGACAGUUGAAACCAUUGUCUACUUUGUUAGUGUUACUGGAAAACAAAACAAUUUGAUAACAAUGCUUUUUAAACAACCUAAAGUUAGAACUGUCAUCACAAAUUAUUUGGAAAUGAAAACUGAUGAACCUUAUUCUGCGGAUAACUUUAUGUUUUAUUUCGAUCAGCUUAACAAAUGUAAAUUUAAACACAAAUGUUUUCAUAAAGGGCAAAUUGAUAAAACAUUGGACAAAAUAAAAACUGAUAUAAUUAUCUUAAAAAAUAUUAUGCAAAAUGCAACAAUUUCUGAUGACGAAUAUGCAAAAUUAAAAAUAUGUUGCAAUUUACUAAAUAAUUUGUGUGAUAGUAAUGGAAAAAAUACUGAGGAUGUUAUUUACCUAUAAUUAUGUAUUAUGUUUUUUUUAUUUAUAGAUAUAUACAUAUGAUUCAUUCAAAUAUUAGAAAAAAAUUUAAAUAUUUGUUAUUUAAUAUAAGUAUUUUUAUUUUAUAUAACAUGUGUUUUACUUAAAUAAGUUAAUUUAUAAUAGUUUGCAGCUA